AAAUGAGCGAGAAUGGCAAAACGACUGGCAGCAAACCAAAUGUUGACUGUUGUUAGUCGAGUAGAGACCGCUCUUCAAAGUGGGAAUGUUCACAGAAUAAAUAUAAACACGCAACUAGCUAGAUAAAUAUGUAAAAUAAAUAGGACCCCGAAGAGUAAAAUUUAAGAAACGGGUUGGCUAUUUAAUCUGUGCCCAAAUUAACGCGCAACACAAGCUGGGACAGUGGAAUAGACUAGAAUAGAACUUGAAAGCAACUAGUGUGCCCAGCACUUGUGGAAGCCCGCCCGCGACCUGGUCACACUGCCGCCAAAUGCAUAUCUGUCUGGUUGCCGCGAAUAUGCACGCAGCUGAGCUUUAAUCCGCCCGAGAAGAUGACACUAAUUGGGACGCGGUCAACGUUGAGUGUGUUUAGCGUUUUGGGUUCGGUGUUUUGGGUUAGUUUUAUGUUUUUAGUGGGCCGCACUUGGGCUUUCAGUGUCAGUGUCGCUCGGUUCUUCGACCACAACUGACGGCUGUUGAAUCCCUCGAUUCCGAAUCCGUGUGUGUGUGGGCUCCUCACCUGCGAAAGGUGCGAAUUAGCAUGACACCGCCCCGGCUGAGUCGCUACUUGAUGGCAGUGCGUGGUGGGCGAGACGGGGAGCAGCACAGCAAGAACUCGCAGACCGACGAAGAGAAGCAGCGCGAUCGACAGCGAAACGAGCGCGAGGCCAAAAAGGAAGAGCAGGACGCCAUCAACUACAAGCGCGACAAGGAGCAACGCGAGGCCCGUCUGCUGGACUUUGAGAUACGCCGCCAGCAGAAGCGGGACGAGCAGCAGCAGCAGCGCCAGCAGCAGCAGCAACUGCAGCAGCACCGCGAGCAGCAGCACCAGCAGCAGCAGCACCAGCGCGAGCAGCAGCAGCAGCACCGCGACCAGCAGCUACACCAGCAGUCCAGCGAGAAGAGCCCGCCCACCUCGUCCGCCGCCGCCGCAGCCGCCGCUGCCGCCCACCAAGCGCAUCCUCAUCCGCAGCAGCAGCGACAGCACCUGCACCUGCAGCAGCAGCACCUGCAACAGCAGCAGCAGCAACAGUCAGCGGGCAGCGGCAGCAGCAACACACCUGUGACCCCCAAGUUGCAGACGCCGCCCCCCGAUCGAUCGCUGCCCCCCGCCUUCCGGAGCCGCUCCAUCGAGCGGGAGAUACUCUACGAGCGGAAGCGAUUCUCGCAGCCGGAAGCCGGCGAGAUCAAGGUUUUCCAUCACAAACCAUCUAGCAAUGCCGCCAUCCACCCACCACCCAUCAUGCCCCUCCAUCCAACCCAUCUGCACCUGCCAGCGGCACAUUUUCGUUUUUUCGAAAGGUGGACAAAAAGUCGGUCGAGUGGCAUGAUGUCACUAUUUAUUUUUUAAUUUAACUACUUU